AUGGUCAUCCUCGGCGGCCUCGAACUCGUUGCAGCGGGAUAUCUUCUGAAAGAGGUCUCAAAGGACAACAAGGAAGACGAAGACCGUGAACGGCGAAGACGGCGGCACCACAGCAAACACCGAGACGAUCACAACCACGGCCAUGGUCACAGUCAUGGCCACCAUCACAGUCACCGCUACGAUGACUCACCUCCUGGACGACACAGUCGCCCACCUCACCAGAACUCCCUCGCACCACCCCAGAACCAAGGCCCGCCACGACCUUACAGUGCGCCCCCAAUCCAGAACAGACCGCCGGUAAUGCCGCCAGGACCGCCGCCCAUGGUCUGGCAACAGCAACAACAGCACCCUCCAGCACAAGGACCGCCACAAAGCCACAGCACGUGGCCGAUGCAGCAGAACCAACAGCCACGCCCUGCACAGCAGCAAUGGCCACAACCCAAUCAACACCAAACAGGACCACCGCCUCCGAACCCGCAUGGCGCGAACUUCGUACCUCCGCCCCUCCAGCGUCCGGCGACGACAGUAAUGCUCCCUCCACCAAACAUGCACUACGACACGAAGACAGGCAAGUGGCAGAACAACAUGUUACCUCCGGAGAUGGUGCAGGCACAGAACCAGGGCAAACGGGAUCGAGAUGCAGGUCCGGAACUGCGGCGCGAGAAUUCAAUGCCGGAGGCAAACCCUUACGCCUCACCAGGCCAGAACCACGCGUACGACAGCGCAGGCACGCACCCGCAGAUCAAUGUGACGGACCACUACGGCCGGCCUGGUGCACCUCAAUACACGAUGUCAACCCCGGCUCUACCACAGGGGUUUGCGGAGCUGGACUCCGAGACACCAGGCCGCUACAGGCCCCAUGGUGACGAGAAAGGAUCGUCGUAUGAGCCCCAACGUAGUCACAGAAGGCGGAGAGGGCACUCGGGCUCGUCCACCACGCGGUAUUACGAUGAUGAUGAGAUGAGGGAUCCACCACCAGCAUAUCGAGAGUAA